UGUUGCCCUGGUGCCCACAGUUCUAUCUGAGGCGGCGAAUCACGCGCGCAGGCGGGGCUCUGUGCAGGCAGGCGCCUUUGUCCCUCCCGGCUCUGGGUCCGGGCUGGCUCCUGGGGCACCCGCGGAACCCGAGUCUUUUCCAGGGGAUGUCUGGGUAACCUGGGGUCGGUCCCAAUUGUUUCCUGCUCUGUGGGGUUAUCUCUCGACUGGGAGAUCCAGUCUAUGGUGUUGUGGGCCCACAGUUCAGUCUGGGACCGUGACCAGAUCGCGCUGGCGGGUAGCUCUGGGCUGGCGACCAAGCGCCUGGCGGAAUGGGGAUCUCUUCCGCGGUUUUGCCGGGAUGGCAGAGGCGGAAUUGCACAAGGAGAGGCUGCAAGCCAUAGCAGAAAAAAGAAAGAGGCAGACAGAAAUAGAGGGGAAGAGAAGACAGCUUGACGAGCAGGUACUGCUGCUCCAGCAUUCCAAGUCCAAAGUGCUCCGGGAAAAAUGGCUGCUGCAGGGUGUACCAGCAGGCACAGAGGAGGAGGAGGAAGCCAGGCGCCGGCAGUCUGAGGAGGAUGAGUUCAAAGUCAAGCAGCUUGAAGAUAACAUUCAGAGGCUGGAGCAGGAAAUACAAGUGCUCGAAAGUGAGGAGUCCCAGAUAUCUGCCCAAGAGCAGAUCAUCCUCGAGAAGCUGAAGGAGACAGAGAAAUCCUUCAAGGACUUGCAGAAGAGCUUCUCCACUGCUGAUGGAGCUAUAUACGCCAUGGAAAUUAAUGUGGAGAAAGACAAACAAACAGGAGAGACCAAGAUUCUCUCUGCAUCCACCAUUGGCCCAGAGGGGGUCCAUCAGAGAGGAGUCAAAGUCUAUGAUGAUGGUGUCAAAGUAGUGUAUGAGGUGCACUCAGGAGGCACUGUGGUAGAGAAUGGAGUCCACAGAUUAAGCGCAGAGGAUGUGGAAGAGCUAAUUCAGAAGGCUGGACAAUCGAGCUUCAGAGGACAUAUCUCAGAAAGGACUGUUGUUGCAGACGGGAGCCUGGGCCAUCCCAAAGAACACAUGCUCUGCAAAGAAGCCAAGUUAGAAAUGGUGCAGAAGUCCAGGAAAGAUCACUCUUCAGGAAACCCCGGGCAGCAGGCCCAGCCCCCCAGCACAGAAGGGCCAGAGGCAAACCUGGAUCAGCCCGUCACCAUGAUUUUUAUGGGCUACCAAAACAUUGAGGAUGAAGAGGAGACUAAAAAGGUGCUAGGCUACGACGAAACUAUCAAGGCCGAAUUAGUCCUGAUCGAUGAAGAUGAUGAGAAGUCACUAAGAGAGAAGACGGUGACGGACGUGUCCACCAUCGAUGGAAACGCAGCUGAGCUGGUGUCCGGGAGACUGGUGUCAGACACCACAGAACCCUCAUCUCCAGAAGGCAAGGAAGAGAGCCUAGCCGCAGACCCCGACCCAGGUACCCAAAAGAAAAAGCGCUGUCAAUGCUGUGUUGUCAUGUGACCACUUCUUUCUCCUCCUCUUUCUUCCGGGCAGCCUGUCUACUCUCCACCUCUUAAAUAGACCUCACUGUACCACUAACUGCGAUACUGUGAACUGGAAGCAAACACCUGCCUUGCCUCGCAGUUGGAUUUGCUUUGAUCUCUCACUCACAUCUCUCCUUCUCCUCACUUGGGAAACAACGUGCAUGUGUGUGCUUCAUCCCCGCCCCCUCUUCUCCAAGAACUUACUUUUUCCUUUAAGUCUUUCCUUGUGUCUUCAAGAGCGAAUCAGUGCCGUACUGCUCGAUUGGAGUGGACUCUUCAUAGCAGCUGGUUAUCUUGUAGCCUUAAUUGACUUGACCGGACUCAAACCCAUUGGCACCAGGGGUUUUCAUUCCGUGUGUUCCGCUAACACAGACACAAAUACACACAAACACACACACACUGCCACGCCCCUGGCUUCUU